GUGUGAAAACUGUCUUUACAUAACAGGUGUACAUAAGGAUUGCAUGCUUGAUUUGCCGAUUAGAUCUCUUAGUUUGUCUCUUUAAUCUACAUAUUGUCUGAGACUACACAAGAAGCCUGUUUCAAAACAACAGAGUAUCAUACAAAAUGAAUUAUUUCAUAGCAGUUGUUAUAUGCAUAUGUGUGACACACAUAACAGCUCAGGAUGUCAGCAAGUGUGACCAGGUGUGCACUGACAGUUAUAAACCAGUCUGUGCCUCUGAUGGACAAACAUAUGAUAAUGACUGCGAGUUGCAGAUAUCAACAUGCAUGUUCAAGAUAUUAGAAAACAAGGAUGUGGUAAAGGUGUCAAAUGGACCUUGCAAAGGGGCAAGUCCAGAACCACCCAAGUCUACUGUCCCAGCUACCAAGAUACCAGCUUCCACCAAAACCCCAUCCUGGGGGACCACCCCAAAGGUGCAGUGGACCAGUCCAAAACCCACUGGCAAUGAGCUUCUGGCCAAGUGUUUGAGUAUUGAUUGCAUGAGUAUCUAUAGCCCUAUCUGUGGCACAGAUGGAAAGACUUACAGCAGUCACUGUCACUUGGCUGUGCAGCUGUGUAUCGGUGUUGCCAUGGGGAGAUUUGAGAAGGUGUCUGUUGCACACCGAGGGAUAUGCGGCACACAGUCCACCACCCCAACCCCAAUUGACUGCAAUAACUUGACCACCUGUUCUUCAUAUUAUGCACCUCUGUGUGGCAGCAAUGGAAUCACUUAUCGUAAUGUUUGCCUUUACCAACAGGCAUAUUGUCAAGCUAAGAAUGCAGGGACUUCAUUGUCUUUGGCUGGAGUAGGAGAGUGUUAAUAUGAACCUUCAACCAUGUAUACCUGACCUCAGAUGAAAGAACAUAAGAAGACACAAAAAAACUUGUGUAUUAUAUUGAAAAAAUAUCCAAGUGAGAAUAAACAUCUUGAAUCCAUAUAUUUACAGCUUUUAAAAAGAGUGCUGCAGAACUGUAAUUAAAAUCCACCUGGUUUUAAAUAGUUUAUAACAAUUAAAUGC